AUGAUCUUAUUAAAGAAUCAAUUUCCUCAAUUAUUAUUUAUCUCAUGUUUAACUAAGAAAUUUUAUUUAUCUCUAGGCAAUAAAUUAAUAAUAAGAAAUAUUCAAAAUAAACAAAAAUCUGUACCAGAACCAAGAGGUCGAUUUAAGGACCCAAAAACUUUUUUGGAAAAAUGUGGAAGAGGAUGUGGUGAAUUAGCUGAUAAAUUUCGCGAUUGGGAACAUCUUUUUACAGCUUCAAGCUAUGAAAUGAAAAGUGAAAUGGGUAUAUCUACAAGAAAACGAAGAUGGAUUCUUGAUUGGACAGAACAAUAUCGAAAGGGAGUCAAUCCGUAUAACAUUCCUAUUCGUACAAGGAGAAAGAAAAAGAAAUAA